AUGGCUGGGGUGUGCCUACAACACAGGAAGACUUAUCCCUUGCGCUUUCUGGUCACUUGCGACAUUUUUUGUCCAACUCUCGCCAUGGACUCCAAUUGUGAGAUAUUGGAACCCCAGGUCCUUUAUUUUAAGGCCGUCCCUAUCGGUGUGGAGUCUGCCCAACGUCUGGACCCACGCCGCGAAGUAUAUCGUCUGAACUUGGAAACAUGCCAGGGUUUACAAGGUCUUCCGAGUGUUGUGAUCAUCAAAAAAAGGAAAGAAGAUUCGCACGAUGGAUAUCAGCAAGAAAUAGAAAAUUACGAAAGAUUGAGAAGGCUACAAGGAUCUGUUAUUCCCACUUUCUUCGGCCAAGGUACUUUCAAUGACGGUCCUGCUAUCAUCAUUUCCGAGGUGGUAGGGACAACUCUUCGUGAUAUCGCCUAUGGCGACCUUCAAAUAUCUUCGGAUGAGCUUAGGCAUAAGCUCGAGAUAGCCAUGGAGAGUAUACAUUGCCUUGGGGCUGAGUAUUUGGACCAGCGACUGGACAACUUCAUUCUCUGCAAGACGGGAGAGAUUAUGAUUGUGGAUAUGGAGCAAGUUUAUUUUCCGCCGGAUCUUGAAGUCUUCAAAGAGAGUGUUAAUUAUGGGGGUGUGGGCUCGCUUUUGUAUCUUUUCAAUGAUACGAGAGAAAGAAAGAACCAGUCAACCGACUGUGUGUAUGGACGAACCUGCCUUCAAGGUAGCCUGCUCUAUUGA